AGUGGGCCACUCCCGGCCUAUCCAUCCAUCUACCCAGCCAGUUGCUGCUCUUGCUCACGCCAUAUCCGCCCGUGGACCCGGCCCACCAAUCACCGCCCGCCUGGACCGCGGGCCCCGCGCGCCAGCGGCCCGUCCCCGCGUCCUCCUGCCCGCCGUCCGCCGUGAACCCGGUCCACGCAGUCGCCCCCCGCGGAGCUUCCAUCUCUUCUUCCUCGAUCCCUCCCUCCCUCCCUCCCAAUCCCUCCUCCAUCCCCCAUCCCUCCCUCCCCCGCCGCCGCGCAUUUGCUGGUCUCGGCGAGGGCCGCUCCUCUGCUCGUGUGGGUGGCCGUGCCCUCGCCGGCGUCGCGUCGCGCCGGCCCUCGAAUCUCCGGCGAGUCGCUCGCGCCCCAAGCCCGAGCCCGGUGAGGCCUGCUGCUCUAGGUCUUCCUGCCACCCAGAGUUGUCGGUGUACUGGUUUUGAUAUGGAGUGAUUGGUGGAGCUGGUCGUCCGGAAGCUCUGCUGGUUAAUCCGAUGGGGAGCAACGAUCCUAGCACGCCGCCUAAGGCUUCGAAGCCACCAGAACAGGAGCAACCUCCAGCUACUACCUCUGGCACUACAGCUCCAGUUUACCCUGAAUGGCCCGGCUUUCAGGGCUACCCAGCGAUGCCACCACAUGGGUUUUUCCCCCCUCCUGUUGCUGCAGGCCAGGCUCAUCCAUACAUGUGGGGAGCUCAGCACAUGGUGCCACCUUACGGGACACCACCACCCCCCUAUAUGAUGUAUCCACCAGGAACAGUAUAUGCCCACCCGACUACUCCUGGUGUGCAUCCAUUUCAUUAUCCUAUGCAAACAAAUGGAAAUCUUGAACCUGCUGGAGCUCAGGGAGCUGCACCAGGUGCUGCAGAAACAAAUGGGAAAAAUGAGCCUGGCAAAACAUCUGGUCCAUCUGCCAAUGGGGUUACGUCCAACAGUGAAAGCGGAAGUGAUAGUGAGAGUGAAGGAAGUGAUGCCAAUUCUCAAAACGAUUCACAUUCAAAGGAGAAUGAUGUAAAUGAAAAUGGCAGUGCUCAGAAUGGCGUAUCUCAUUCAUCAUCGCAUGGAACAUUUAAUAAACCCAUGCCGUUGGUUCCAGUACAAUCAGGUGCAGUGAUAGGAGGAGUUGCUGGUCCUGCGACAAACUUGAACAUAGGGAUGGACUACUGGGGUGCAACUGGCUCUUCACCUGUUCCUGCAAUGCGUGGCAAAGCACCGUCUGGUUCAGCUCGAGGAGAGCAAUGGGAUGAAAGGGAACUGAAGAAGCAGAAGAGGAAGCUGUCCAACCGGGAAUCCGCGCGAAGGUCCCGGCUGCGCAAGCAGGCCGAGUGUGAAGAGCUCGGGCAGCGGGCUGAGGCUUUGAAGUCAGAGAACUCGUCCCUCAGGAUCGAGCUCGACCGGAUCAAAAAGGAAUACGAGGAGCUCCUUUCGAAGAACACCUCUCUCAAGGCCAAGCUAGGGGAGACCGGCGGUGGCGACUCGGUCCCCGACAUGAACGAACGGGGCGACACCAACGGCGGCAGCCACCAGAAGGAGCCCUGACUGAUGACGCAUGCGGCCUCUACCACUCUACUUACAUAGCUCGUGAUGAUUGAUGAUUCUUGUAACAAACAAACUUGGCGACCCCGAUCUGCCACACACACACACAAUCAGAUGAUUCUUCCUUUUUUUCUGUCUCUUAUCGACCUGACAAUGGCGAUGCUGUCGCUGCUACCGCGGAACUCACUCCUGUGCUUGUGCUUGAAAAGAGAGAUCAUUAUGGGUGCACUUCUCACCGUGAAAAA